ACCCUCCUGCAGCGUCCUCAGGGGACACAUUGCCCUGCCCCUCCUCCUCCUGAGCAGCACCAUGCAGCCCCUGUGGCUCUGCUGGGCACUCUGGGUGCUGCCCCUGACCAGCCCCGGGGCGGCCCUGACCGAGGAGCAGAUCCUGGGCAGCCUGCUGCAGCAGCUGCAGCUCAGCGAGGUGCCCGUCCUGGACAAGGGCGGCGUGGAGGAGCUGGUCACCCCGGCCCACGUGGGGGCCCAGUACGUGGCCCUGCUGCAGCGCAGCCACGGGGCCCACUCCCGAGGGAAGAGGUUCAGCCAGAACUUCCGAGAGGUGGCCGGCCGGCUCCUGGCGUCCGAGGCCUCCCGGCACCUGCUGGUGUUCGGCCUGGAGCAGCGGCUGCCGCCCGACCGCGAGCUGGUUGGGGCCGCGCUGGUCCGCUUCGCCGCCCAGGGCCCGGCGGGCGGCGCGCGGGGCGAGCCCCAGCUGGAGCUGCACAGCCUGGAGCUCAGGGACUACGGAGCUCAGGGGGACUGUGACCCUGAGGUGCCAGUGACCGAGGGCACCCGCUGCUGCCGCCAGGAGAUGUACAUCGACCUGCAGGGGAUGAAGUGGGCUGAGAACUGGGUCCUGGAGCCCCCGGGCUUCCUGGCCUAUGAAUGUGUGGGCAGCUGCCCACAGCCCCCAGAGCCCCUGACCUCCAAGUGGCCAUUUCUGGGGCCACGGCAGUGCAUCGCCUCGGAGACGACCUCGCUGCCCAUGAUUGUCAUCCUCCAGGAGGGAGGCAGGCCCAGGCCCCAGGUGGUCAGCCUGCCCAACAUGAGGGUGCAGAAGUGCAGCUGCGCCUCGGACGGGGCACCUGUGCCGAGGAAGCUGGAGCCGUAGGUGCGGGUGUAGCCACUGAGGCCUCUGACUAGAUACGUGCACCGAAGCAGGUCUUAGUGUGGGUCUUAGUCUUCUGCUUAGCAAGUCCUCCCUGCCCCAGCCGAGUGCCCCUUUUUGACCUUUCCCACGUGUUCUUCCAUUUCUCGUCCUGUCCAUCACCCACCCUAAGCACUUACAUGAGUAACUAAUGCAACUCAAUUGCUGAGCUCUAGAAGGAAAUUCCAGGCUCCUUGUUAAAGGAUGUGGCUGAGCAUGGACAGAUCAUCAGCUGGGAGCUUCUGUUCUCUGGCAAAGUCUCUACUGAGUAUGAGACAACACACCCUAUGAUGAGAACUGGGGAAAGAGACUGACUUACUCUAUUACCUGAUGAAUUAAAAUAAAACCAAAAAAAUCUCUCCUUUUCCCCUCGAUAGGAUGUCUAAAAAAGAACCCCAUCCCCCAAAAUGUUGACCCAUUCUGGAUUUUUGUAGACAUACUUUGAUCUCCGUUUCCCUGAGAGAUGCUUGGAGGGAGGAAAAGGGCUUCUGGCUGGGGGCAGUGGGCAGGGAGGGAAUCAGGACACCUGGUUUCUGGAUUGGAGCCACCAGCUGUGACCUCAAGCAAAUGCACAUGCCUUUGAGCCACUGCUUCCUCUUAAAAAGGAGGAGUCAGGUUUCAGCUCUAAGACUUCAUUGCCCUGGCAAUCAGACAGCCCUAACCUCACCGCUCCUCGGGAGACCAUUGCCUGUGCAUAUUUAGCUUCUUUCCCCCACUGUUUUAGAGAACUUAUCACCAGAACCCUUAUGUAUUUACAUUUUUUUAAUUUAGCAAAAAAAAUUUUUUUUGAAUGUAGAUAAUCUGCUG